AUGCGCGGCCCGCCGCCCUCGUCCUCGGCGCACGCGCGCAACGUGGCACUCCACGAGGCGGGGCCGAUCGUUAGGCGGGGAUGGACGUGGGGCAGAGCGCUUGUCCCGAACGCUCUUGGUCGUCGGCGUCGGUGCUGCCCCAUCCAUCUCAACAACUCGAUUCCGAUCUCGCACCCAUCAAUGACUCUACCGACGCGCUCUACUAUGCUGCGCGACGUCUACAAGCAGAGGGAACGGUUGAGAGCGCCACUGCAGGCGGGGGAGAAGAUGGCGGGCGAGCUGGCCGUCGCGAAGUGGACGACGGCCUUCGACUUCGGCAUUCCAGCGAGCGACAUCCGGGGUUCAGGCCCACUGUUGCCAGAGGCGCCCUGGUCCGCACCUAACGGUGACCGAUCAGCUGGGGAAGGCGCUGGCGUUGGUGAAUCACCUGCUCCGCUCGGUCUCGCUCGCUGGACGACGGCCCCGGCGGCCUGCGACGUCGACUUCGACUCCGACACCGACAUAGUCCGCGAGCGUCGUCCGGGUUCAGGACCACAGCGAUCUGUCCUCCCCGGUCCGCAUAUCCUAGGUAUAUGUAUGAGGGUCCUGGACAAGAUCAGUGUACCCACCCAACGAUAUCCGCGUGAGCCCCACGUGCGAUUUGAGUCGUCAAAAUACGCGGCAAGCUCCUUUGCUCCUGCGGCAACUGCGAACUCGCCUCUUUACAGAAAUCGCCCCUUGCGAACAGCCGACGCCAGCGGACAUACAGCGCAGCUCAAGAGCCAUACAAGUAACUGCAGCUGGGCCAUCUGGACGCUCUCCAUUCUCUCCUCGUCGACGAAAAAAGCUUGCCUACGAUCUGCCUGUCCCAUUCGUGCACCUCAAGGACCACCUUGCAUGUCGACCAGCACAGGCGAACCGACGACAGCGUCGAGCGCCUCGCCCCUUGUGCGACCUACAGCGCAAACGGCUGCAGCAGAUCGUGCAGCCCAUCGGCUCCGAAAAACGCCCAGCCGCUCCGCGACGGGUGACGAGAGCAAACGGCGUAGUCGCGCGUCCCCGUUAAACGCCUGCCAGCCUCAGCCUCGUGAUGAAUCGCAACUACCUCCGGUAACGACUCCACCACAGCCUCCUCCAGCUAGGACAGGUACUAUCAAUGUACCCGAGGACUCGGAGUCCGAGCUUCUCAACGGCAGGCAAGAACAGCCGUACAAUCGCUACAGGCACAGCGACGUUGACUACGAAGCCAAAUACAAGGCGGACGCAUACGGCGAGGAGCUUGGCCCACAAGCGCGGGUGUGGAACGUCUAUAACGACGAGGCCCAGAUGGCUGAUGCGGAGAUGGUGAAGGGGAUGAAUGGCUCUAUUGAUGUGCUCCUGGUAUUCGCCGGUCUCUUCUCUGCCGUCGUCACCACAUUCGUGGCGCAAAGCUCCCAGAAACUAGACUCUGACUAUGGGAAAAUUAUAGCAUCCCUUGUCUAUGAGUCUACUCGUGUGCAGCGCGCUCUCGCCACCGGCACUCCGAUCGAGGACAUCCCCGUCUCCCAGCUUUCUUUUGACUCCCAGACUCAGAGUAGGGGUGACUUGUGGGUAAAUGGAUUGUGGUUUACCAGCCUCCUUGUCUCGCUGUUGACUGCUCUGGUCUCCGUCGUGGCAAAGCAAUGGAUACAGCAGUUCAAUUCAAUGACGGGAGGCUCCCCUCGAGAUCACGCGUACGCCCGGCAGUAUCGAUUCUGGAGCUUUAAUCGCUGGAAUGUUCCCUUCAUCAUCGGUUGCCUUCCCGUGCUGCUCACCAUCGCGCUGCUGCUCUUCUUCGCCGGACUCGCUGUCUAUGCUGCCCCGCUGGAUUCCGUCAUCUCGCUCAUAAUCAUCGCAUUCUCAACAACCACUCUUCUGUUGUACGCCGCCACCGUCGUAAUGCCCAUCUUAGUACCACACUGCGCGUACAGAACCCAGAUUGCCGACUAUAUCCUGGCUGUACGCAAAGUCAUCAUCCAUCUGCCCUCCUGGAUCCUCGCUAUCUGUGUCUCUUUACUGGCCUAUGUGUUUAACCUCGUGGGGUGCAAGAGCCCGAUGCGCCCGAGAUUUCCGGUCCAUAAUCUCCAUUCCGCUGAUCUCAAGUCGCGCGAAAAAGCAGACAUAGAAAAGCGUAAUGAAUUUCUGGCCGCGUCGUCCUUGCGCUGGCUCUGCAAUUCAUCCUACAGCGUCUCUGCGGUGCACAUUUCAGCGCAGGCAUUCUCGGCCCUGCCCAUCACCUUCCGCUACAUGCAGUCCUCCGAAAUGGAGCCGCCUGCUUUGGACUUACUGUCGGCUUUGGAGAAAACGGAGCCUCAAGAAGUCUUGUCCAGCCAUCAAAAGACUGCCGAGCGACUAGCCCGAGCUAUCCUGCAUCUUCCAUAUGCCGCAUAUCAUCUUGCGCGCUCGAGGCUUUGGGAAGCUCUCACCGAGAGAUGGGGGUUUGUCACCUCCCCACAACUGGACGCUGGCUUGCGCGUGAUGCUACUCGUGCGCUUGUGCGGUGAUGCAGGUGCAUGGGGUGAUCUUACCUUGCUUAUCCGAGUCCGGCAGGCAGUCGAUACAUCGAAAUUCUCGGCCGAGACAGCCAUCCUGCAUCCUAUCAUCUGGCGUUGGCUGUUCCGCAUGGUCCGCGCUGCAUUGCGUUGUCUGCAGUCCGUGGAAGGCUCAGAGGAACCACACGAGUGGAAGAGCAUUAUGGAAUGGGAGCUAAAGCGCAUCCGGACCACGAUCAACUAUAUAUGCCCGGAGGACAAGCUUUAUCAGCAAAAGCCGCCAGUGAGCGCAACCGGCGACCUCCUCGGGAACGCGGCUGGCGGCCUCUUUGAGAACGCAUCUGGCGAUCUCUUCGAGAACACUGCCAUUUCGCUUGCCGACUAUGCCGCAUGCUGUUCAUGGAAGGAGGCGCCGCAGAUACUGGCGGAAAACAUGGACAAACUUCGCGGUCUCCUCUCCACGCAUAUGAGGCGGGUCGAGGCGGAGAGGGGAAAUAAGCCAAUUGACAGGCGUCGAUACCGGCUUGACCCUCGUUUCGGCUAUAGCUCUGGUCUCUCACCUCUUGGUUCUGCUGGCCAGCGAUUACGCUCCCGAAGCCGCCCCGAACCUGCGCCUACCGGGCUCUCUGAAGGAAAUGGGAAUCGGGGAGACAUCAAAACCGCGACCCCAGAUCUGGAUACCGCGAGCGCUGCAGGUACAUCCAAGAUACCUGACCGAAUUGCCACCGAUGGGACUGUCGGAGCAGUCUACGGGGCCGGGACGACGCACUUAUAAUGCCUGGCCGCUCGACAUGACUGCACCAUCUGACCCCGCUCACGCAUCUGGUAAUGUAGCAAGCGGCGGUAACAGUGACGAAGGGAGUCGGACUGGUCAGCAGAACAGUCGGCAUGAUGCUGAGGAACCCCAAGCUCUUUCGCAACUGCUAGUUGGGGGUGGGGGUGGGGGGAGGGAAGCCCGGCAGGUGUCACUGGUUCACGCUUUUAGCCUUCGCCAUUAUCUACAAAAUAAUAACGGAUUCCCGCUACCAUUUAUGGUAGUGGGUCUUAGGGACG